AUGGCCGAACUUCCAGAAACCUACCAACAGGCGGUCUUCAAAGAACAAGGCGCAAGCCUCACUCUAGAAGAAGUCCCCUUGACCCUACCCAGCCGCGGUGAGAUUCUAGUCAAGGUUGAAGCUUGCGGCGUAUGUCAUUCCGACCAUUUUGCGCAGACGAAUCUUAUGGGCGGUGGAUUUCCCCUCGUUCCCGGCCAUGAGAUCAUCGGACGUGUUGCUGCUGUGGGAGAAGGCGACACUGCUUGGAAGGUUGGAGAUCGAAUCGGAGGUGCAUGGCACGGUGGACAUGAUGGAACCUGCAGAGCAUGCAAGAAGGGAUACUUCCAGAUGUGCGACAAUGAGCAAGUGAACGGUAUCUCCAAGAACGGUGGCUACGCUGAAUACUGCAUAAUCAACCACGAAGCAGCAAUCCGCAUCCCAGAGCACGUAAACGCAGCAAAAUACGCGCCAAUGCUCUGUGCAGGCGUCACGGUCUUCAAUUCCAUCCGACAAAUGAAUGUCCCACCCGGCGAAAUUGUCGCCAUUCAGGGCCUAGGGGGGCUCGGCCAUCUGGCGUUGCAGUAUGCGAAUAAAUUCGGAUACAAGGUUGUCGCGCUAUCACGGGGGUCCGAGAAAGAGAAAUUCGCGCGGAAAUUGGGCGCGCAUGAGUAUAUCGAUACCAGUCGGGAUGAUGCUGUGGCGAAGCUGCAGGAGAUGGGCGGGGCGAGUUUGAUUGUUUCGACGGCUCCUGUACCUGAGAUUAUUAAUCCGCUUAUUCAGGGGCUGGGUGUUCUUGGGAAGUUGUUGAUUCUUUCUAUUGUUGGUGGUAUUGAGAUUCAUACUGGCUUGUUGGUUGGAAAGGGCAAGUCUAUUUGGAGUUGGCCUAGUGGCCAUGCAACUGAUUCCGAGGAUGCCAUUGCGUUUGCAGACUUGCACGGCAUCAGCUGUAUGGUGGAAGAGUUCCCCUUGGGAAAGUGCAAUGAAGCAUUUGAUGCUAUGAUGGAGGGAAGUGUGCGCUUCCGCGCGGUUAUUACGAUGGAGUAA